AUGAAUAAUCAAGUCAUUUUUAAAUUAUACCAUACUAAUAAUCAGGGAGAAACUUUCUAUGUUGAUAAUAAAGGCUGGAUUUUUAAUAUAGAUGAUUUAACAUGUCCUGUCCUAAAGGGCCAUUUAACCGACAUAAGUUUGAUGAACUCGAUAGGUGAUUUAACCUUAAAAUCCUAUCAAAUCGAAUCCCCAAAUAUCAUUUCCGCUAAACAUGAAUGCACCUUCUGUGGAAAAGCAUUUCAGUCUCCGAGCGCGUUAAAAAAUCACUAUAAUUCUCAUACCGGAGAAAGAC